AUGGAAAAAUGUAUUCGUUGUAAGAAAACCGAUAAGAAAGGUCAAUCGUCGGAUGUUGAAAUAAGUUUGAAUUCAGAAGAAUUGAAAAACCUUUGCGAUGAUUGUUCCAAAGUAAUAAAUAAUUUUUUCUCGGCUUAUUACAAUUGUCGAACGGCCGCUCGGGAAUUUGGAACAGAAGAAACUGGCAAUAUCCAAAUAAGACAAGAAAGUAAUAAUGCUUAUCAACUGAGUAGCGGCGGGUAUUUUUGCCAUCUAGUUAAUUUGAAUGAGUUGUUUUUUGAAAGAAGAGUUGAAAGAGUAUUUGAUAAAGAGGAAAUGAAACAAAAAUUAAUCAAUGCUUAUCAAAAUCGAAGCAAAAACAAAAAAAUUACCGAGAUGCUUCAGGCUUAUGGAGAAAUGUCAAUUAAAGAGUUAGGUAAAGAUUAUCGUCCAGUUUUGAUAAUUAGUAAUAAUGAACGAAACGAAAAUGGAGAUUCGGUAGUAGCGUUGCCGACGACUACUCAGGACGUGGAGAACACUUCGCCUACCGAAGUUUUCAUCAACAAUACUCCUGACAAUGGUUUGGAUUAUCCCAAAAAGAAAUUAGGAGUAGCCGUUCUCACUAUGCUUGAAUUGAACGCAAGAAAACUAGAAAUCAAGAGCGGUAUGAAAAAAGGACCAUUUGCGGUUCUUGCCAAAGAGAUAGCAAAAGACUCAACUAAACUUCUUCAAGUUGAAGAAAAAAACUCCCGAAAGUUAAUAAUCGAAAAAUGUAGGUCUAGAUAUUUUCUUUAUCUCGCGACGGCCAUAAUAACUCCCGAAAGUGUUUCAGGCGGAAAGGCUAAACCAAUAGUUAUUAGUUUUAACCAAAGACAAAAAAUUAAUAAUCAGUGUGUUAUUUACAUUGCCGAUAAUCAAGAUAAGGAGCGGAGGUAUCGCUUAAAAAAUCAUCCUCGGUUAAAGAACUUUUUUGCUAUUACUGAGAUGGAUGAAGAAGAUUGGCAAACAUUGCUUAGUUUUGUCAAUGAGAAAGCGGGAAAGGAAACAAAACGAGAAAAAGCCCAGAUAAAACUCGGGAAAAAACUAACCCAAAAACAAGAACUCAAAAAACAAGUAGUCAUUUUAAUUGCUUCCGGUGAAGAAUACUUAGACCAAAUCAACCAGUGCUUAACCGAAUUAAAGAAAAACUCCCGAAAGGAAACUAAAGAUAAAAGUAUUAUAAAAAUUGUCAUGUCUAAAUUUAUUUUGAACGGAAAAUUGGAUAUUGAGCCUUUAAUAUCCACCCGGGAUUUCUUGCAAAAAGGAUUGAAAAAAGCCAAGAAUGAAUUUGAGAUUGCCGAAACCGUUCGCGGUAUCUUACAGAAAUAUCCCCAUUCUUUUUAUGCCUACGGCUCGCGGGUUAAAGGUGAAGCUCGGCGUUUAUCCGAUUUAGAUAUUUGUUAUUACGAAAAUAUCCCGUUAAGUACACUAUCAGAAAUUAAGGAAGAAUUUGAAGAAUCUAGUUUACCUUUUGAAGUCGAAUUAAUUGACUUACCGAUUAGAGGGUGUGGGGAAAGCCAAAUUUACCAAACUGCUGUGAACCAAGACGAAGUUGGUAAUCGUGUUUACGAAUACCUGGUUCGGAAAAUUAGCAUCAAAGGCUAUUAUUGGUCGGAUAAUGGCUUCGACCAAAUUAUUCGAGAAUUAGUCCAAGACUUUCGGAAAGAACAAGGCGAAAAACAAUAUCAGCAAGAACUGGAAUUAUUUAAGCAAUUAGGUGGAGAUGAAUAUAUUCACCACCAAGCCCAAACUUAUUUAACUUACGAUCUAUUAAGAAAAGUUUAUCCAGAACUAGUAGC